UUGGACUUUUUUUAGCAAGUCCUUUAUGGGUUUGGCGUAAUUCUCAGUGGAGCGACCGGUUGGUAAGGAGCGGGUGUCCGACGUAUUCAGAUGAACGAACCAAAAAAUUCCCGGAGUUUUUCUACCCAUCGAUCCUCCCACCAAUGGCUGAAUAGACAAAAUCACUGAACACUGGUAGUUGGUUGUAGGUUCGCGCCUCGCCAGUGAGUUGGCCACCUGGAGUUUUCCGGGUUUCUUUACGUUAGUAACACCUAAACAGGGGCAAUUUUCCAUGACCUCCCAAGUGGCAUCGCCCAUGUGUUGCAUUGCCGUAUACAAAUUAACUAACCGGAUUCGAGGCCCUUGGUUUCACAGAGCAAAAGGUUACCUACCAUCUUUAACCGCUCGACCAUCCGGCCACUUCCCAGUCGUAAAAAAUAUCGGUUAAAACACUUAAUAGUAUGAGAUUCAUUUAACUUCUUUGCCAUAUUCAAUACGAUUAAAAAAUCUCUGAUGAAGUGAAGUCCAGGUAAGACUGAGAACUGAAUAUUUCUGUCCAGAUGUAAGUUAUUAGGUACAUGUAGUGGGUGCUGUUUAAAUAUUUCUUUAAGUAUUUUUGCAAUAGUUUAUUUUUUUUAUUUUUUUUUCCGAGAUGGUAAAGUUAAACGUCCAUUCAGAAAUUGUACUAAAGUUUUAAAAUUGUCCAUGAUAUCUGCGUUAGAAGUCGAGUCGCUUCAGAAACUUUUACGAACGGAUUAAUCUGAAUAUGUGCCUCGCAUUUCGUCUUCUGGUCGAACACGUGGCGGACACCAAAAAACAUUCUUAAUGGUGGAAAGAGUUUAAAAAUCAUUUAUUUUAGAGACUCUAACCGAGAAAUUUGCCAAGUGUUUUGGCAAAUGCUGCAAGAUAAAUCAGAAAAUAUUACUUUUCGUUUAUACAUUAUAACAAAAAAUAUUAUGCAAAUUUUCUCAGAUAUGGCAGCAUAUUCGACGUCCAAUAGGUGUUGUCAUUGGAAUGGUUAGUCAGUUUGUGCUGUUACCUUUAUCGGCUUUUGGACUCAUUCAAGCUUUUGGUCUAAACGCUCUUCAUGGUACAGGUAUGCUAUUAUUGGCAUGUUCCCCCGGAGGAGUAACAUCUAGUAUUUUUACCUACUUUUGUGAUGGUGACAUCUCCCUCAGCAUUACCAUGACGGCUUGUUCUACGCUUUUGGCACUGGGCAUGAUGCCACUGAACGUCUGGAUGUAUGGUAAAAACCUGACAACCAGAAAUAUCAUUAUCCCAUAUGCUAAAAUGGCAAUUUCUUUGAUUUCGGUGACAUCACCCGUAGCAUUAGGUCUGCUGGUACAUUGGAAAUUUCCUAAAUUGGCAGCUCAUUUAACAAAAAUCGGUUCUUACGCGGGUAUUGCCAUAAUUGUUAUCUGCCAGACUAUGGAGGUAUUCAUCUUUCCUAAUAUUUUCGAUGAUGUUCCUUGGCUUCUUUAUUUAUCUGUAGUGUUGCUACCUAUUUUCGGCUUUAUAUUGGGAUACACAUCGUCAUGGUUAUUUCAUCAAAAACCAGCUGCCAGAAGAACUAUAGCUAUUGAAUCGAGUGUGCAGAAUGUUGGUACAUCGUUAACUGUGAUUUCACUAUCGUUUCCGUUUCAGAUACAAAGAAGCGUAUUAUUAUUUCCUUGGCUGUACGCAUUUUCCAUGUCGGCCAUUUGCGUGGUGAUUGCAAUUUUAUAUAAAGUAUACAUCAAAGUAUUUAAUGAAAGAAAGAUCGAUGUAACAGAUGUCUCCAAAGAACAGCCAGCGAAAGAGCAUGAUAAUAAAGCAUUUACUCACGACGACCCCACAAAUAAAACUUUAGAAGGUUAUCAAGUACAGAAAUGACCUCCAUAAAAAUUCUGAUGCGACUUUCAUUUAUAUAUAAAAUAUUUUAACUUCGUUUUAAGUAGUUUAAAGCGGCAUAAAAGUUGCGAUAAGUCGUAAAAAGAAGCAUUAUGAAAAGUAUAAAUGAUAACUUUAAGAUAUUUUUCUAAGAUUUUUGUAUUGACCUUGUCCUCUAUAUUAAACUGUACAUAAGUAAAACUAUUUAAUUACAUCAGCAUCAUUAUCGACAGUUCCAAAAAUUGUUUUGAAAUUAAAAUCUCGGCGUAACAAUCAAAAAUAUUAAUAAAUCCUAUAAAAUUUUAAUUACAAAAAAUUAUUUAAACACUAAACUAGUUUACAUAUAACAUAUGAACAUAGUAAUUUAACAUAUUUGGACUGAACAUAACUCACUUUUUACAUAAUUUAUACAUUAUUCUACAUUAUAUAUAGGCUAUAUA